AUGUUCCAAUGUCAGGAUGAUCCACCGCUAUUCGAUAUGCAUGACAAUGCGACUAGGGAAUUCUUCGAGGAUUUACAAGCUUUUAGCAAUGUUUAUACCUAUUUUCAUCGAUAUUUAUGCAUUGCAUUAUGUUCUGUUGGCGUUAUCGUGAACACACUACACUUCUUCGUUCUGAGCCGUCGACCAAUGCGUGCCUACAUCAUAAAUGCUUUGCUUUGUGCGAUGGCU